GACUGUUCUAAACACUUUUUUUAAAAAAUAGACGGAUAAUAAGACCUACAACUAGCGAACAAAGUCCUCUCUCCGGCAAGCCAACCAACUUGUUCUUCUCAGAUUUAAGGGUUUCAGCUUCCAGGCCUCAGAAACAUCUACUUAGUUGAACUCUAAUUUGGUGCUGAAAAGCUCUAAUUUAGGGUUUUGUUGCUAUAUUGGCUCUUCUUUCUGCUAUUAAGAGAUGGGUGGUGGGAAGGGAACAAGUAAUGAUGACGACACAGGAGAGAGAGUUCAGUGCUUGAAAAGUGAAGAAGUGAAUAAUGGUUUUUGGAUUAGGAUUGAGAAUAGCAGUGCUGAUGGGGGCUCAGAGUCCAUUAAGUGUUUUCAAACGUACAAGAGGCGAAAGCACACCAGGUGGAGCUCAGAGAGUAAAGGUCAAGAGGAGGGGAAAGGUUCUGUGGAAGCUGCUAGUAAAUUUGCAGAACAGGCCAAAAAAGAGCCAACACCAAAUUGUGUCCCUGAAGGACAUGCUUCUUCGGAUGGUUCAGAUGAUGUUUCACAUAAGCAGUGCAGAAAUGUUAUCCUCGAGUGCAUUCAUCAGUCAUUAAAUGAUGAAGAAGGUGGUAUCCGGGGUUGCAUCCGAGAUGCACUUAUGAUGCCUGUCAAGGAAUCUGAUACUUGUGAUGAAUAUGGGCACAAGUUCUCUUCACAAGCAAGGUGGAUCUCUAACGGAACUCAUGCAGCUAAAGCACAUGUGGAUUUCAAAUCUAGUGAAUCUUUGGAUGAAUCUCAUUGUCCUGUCACUAGGAAGUGCCAGCAUGCUUUCCUUAAUAUUAUACUUUCUGAAAACUUCACCUUAUUGUGUAAGCUACUGGUUGAAAAUUUCAGAGAAAUGAAGGUUGACAAUCUUAUAGGCUUAAGUAUCAUGAACGCAAGGAUGAAAGAUGGAGCUUAUGAACGUUCACCUUCACUUUUUUUUACAGAUAUUCAACUGGUCUGGAAAAAGCUUCAAGGAAUUGGCAAUGAUUUGAUUUCUCUUGCAAAGGGCCUCUCAGAUGUAUCUUUGACUUGCUAUAAUGAACAGUUCUUGACCCAGGGAUUUGAUUUUCAUCAUAAAUCAGAGAAAAUAGAUUCUUGUGGUGUAUACAGUGUCUGUACUUGCUGGCGUUGUGGGGGCAUAGCAGAUGGGAGGAAUUGUCUAGUAUGUGAUUCAUGUGAGGAAAUGUACCAUGUAUCCUGUAUCGAGCCUGCUGUCAAAGAGAUUCCCCCGAAAAGUUGGUACUGUGCAAGCUGCAAGGCAGUAGGAAUUGCAUCUCCCCAUGAGGAUUGUUUAGUGUGUGAGAGGCUGAAUGCCACUAGGACUAAUGAAAAGGGCUCUUCAACUAUUGAAAGAAUAGUCAGAGAGUUUGAAGAGAAUUCAAAUUGUACUAGGGAUGAUUUUUGUCAACCACCAGCAGGGAUUAAAAAAGUUUGUGUCUGUAAUAUUUGUGGGAAUGAGGUGGAAAAUGGUGAAAAGCUAAAGAUAUGCGACCAUGAUUUAUGCCCUUACAAGUAUUAUCAUAUGAGGUGCUUGACAACUAACCUGUUAAAAUCACAUGGACGGCAUUGGUAUUGCCCUUCUUGUCUAUGUCGAGUCUGCCUAACUGAUAAAGAUGAUAGUAAGAUCGUUUUAUGUGAUGGUUGUGAUAAUGCAUAUCACUUGUAUUGCAUGAGUCCGCUGCGCACUUCUGUACCAAGGGGGAAAUGGUUUUGCAGACAGUGCGAUGUGAAAAUCAAGAAAAUACGCGGGGUAAGGCAAGUGUAUGAGGAACAAGGAUGUAGAAUGAAAAAGAAAAUGGAAGCAGCUGAAAGAGCUUGUGAGAACAUUGAGAAGAUACUGGAUGAGAAAUGUGAACCUGAAUCAUUUGAAGGUAGGGGAUCAAUGGACAUGCUUCUCACAGCAGCUCUAUAUGAAGAAAAGAAAUGCAUGACCUUUUAGGAGGAGACAAGAUUAGAACAGUUAAUUGUUUUUGUCAGGACUGAUUUUGAUGUUGUAUAACUGGUGACAAGAAUUUUGCUUUUACCUCAUUAUGGACUGACUAAAUUUUCAUUAGUUUGUAAACUCUAGGUUUUGCUGACUUUUGGAUGCAGGAGUCAGUGCAAGGCCUGAUUCUGAAGGCUUGUAUAUUUGCUAGUUGGCAAUUACAUGACUUGUAGUUCAAGGAUCAGGAGAUUGUUAGAUGUAUUUUUGGAAAUGACUAUUUUAACAGAAAGCACCCCGUAUUCGGGGGAAGAGAGUACCAGUGAUGUAAAAUGAAGAAACUGCGUCUAUUUAUAGUGAAAGUAAAAGGAUACCUUUCAUUGUGCA